AUGCCUUGUCGUCCAUCUAGCACUGAAGUCCCCCCUACACCAUCGCCAGUUAAACUUUCCCAACCAACCCCAAGCCUUGGCUUUGAGCCAGAGCUGACCUUGCUGCGUCCCAGGGAUGAAAAAGUGCUCUAUAACAAAGUCGUGCAGACCGUUGAACUCGACGAAGGCCCAUCCGGGCCGACGGAGGAUGAGAUCAGAAAGCGGAUACAAGCAGAAGUCGAGGCUGCAACUGCUGUUAGGGAGCAAGAAUUGAAGCAGGAAAAUGAGCAAAUUGCCAAAGAAAUCGAGGAGGAGAUCAGAGAGUUGACCGAAGAGGAGAGAACUGCUAUCUUUGCCACCCCCGAAUUUCUUGAUUUCGUGGAGGAAUCGUCCAAAAGAAUUCAGAGGGCGUUGAAUGACUCGUAUGACUAUACCCAGGACUAUAGAUUAAUAGGAGGUGGUGUGUCAACGGACAACGAAGGGAAGAGGGUCAAGGAAGUUUGCGCCUUCUUUGAUGAGAAAUGGGCCAAAAGUCGUUCCAUCACCGACAUUGAUUGGUCUAUUAAAGCAAAACUUAUUGCAGCAUCCUACAAUAAGAAUCCAACGGCUGUUAAUGAUCCCGAUGGUCUUGUGUGUAUAUGGAACAUCCACAUGGUUGAUAGACCGGAGUUUGUCUUCCACUCACAGUCCGAUGUAUUGUCGACCUGCUUUUCGCCUUUCCAUCCAAAUCUUGUCUUUGGAGGCACUUACUCUGGACAGAUUCUGCUCUGGGACACACGAGCCAAACAUCUCCCCGUGUUGAAGUCGCCUCUUUCUGCAUCUGGUCACACAUAUCCUGUAUAUUCACUGCAGAUGGUUGGGACCCAAAACGCGCACAAUUUGAUAUCUAGUAGUACCGACGGGAUGGUUUGCAGCUGGCUUGUUGACAUGCUCGCGCAGCCUCAGGAGACCCUGGAGCUUGUACAUGCUGGCCAUAAUAAGACGAACGAAGUCGCUAUAACAACGUUUGACUUUCCGGAUAAUGAAACAACUACAUUUUGGGUUGGUACAGAAGAAGGCAAUGUGUAUCAAGCCAACAGGUACGAUCGUGCCGGAUCAAAGGCUGGUCUCAACCAGCAUGACAUCUACAAAGGACACUCUGGACCAAUAAUGGGUCUUCAUUUCCACCCACUGGAAGGAUCGAUAGAUUUUUCCGAUAUCUUUCUGACAUGUUCUGUGGACUGGACCGUCAAGCUGUGGAAGGCAAAAACAACAACGAAACCAUCCACGAGUGUCAAUGUCAUUUCCCCUUUAUAUUCAUUUGAAGAGGCUGAUGAUUACGUGUAUGAUGUACGGUGGCACCCUCACCAUCCUGCCGUCUUCGGAUCCGUCGAUGGGUCUGGUCGCUUUGAUUUGUGGAAUUUGAACACAGAUACCGAAGUUCCCAUCAUCACCACGAAUGUCGGAACAGGCCGCGCCAUCAACAAACUUGCAUGGGAACGUAAAGACGGACGGCGUGCAGCGCUGGGCUGCAGUGACGGUCGACUUUAUGUCUAUGAUGUUGGUGAUGUUGGUGUUCCCCGCGAUUCGGAAUGGGUUGAUCUACAGAAAACCAUCUCUAACAUUGUUGCUGGAGGAACUAGUCUGCGGAUAACCGGAGCGGCAGAUGGGGAUUCGCGUCCACUAAGUGCGAGUCUGAAUGGGAGAUAA